AUGCUCAUUUCUUUGGGCCAAGAGCCAACUACCGAAGAGUUGGAAAAUAUGAUGGGCAAAAUGGCUUCCCCCCUGACAUUUUCAGCAUAUUUAACUGGAAUGUCACACAACCUUAGUCAAUUAUCAUCAAAGAAAGAGCUAUUAGCCGCAUUUGAGGCAUUCCAAGAUGAGGAGGCUGCUGAAAAUAAUAGCGGAGUAAUCGGUUUGGAUGAACUCCGAGACUCGUUAGCAGAGUAUGGGAUGGACCACCAGGAUAUUGAACAAUCUCUAGCUGCUUUCACUAGGUCAAGUGGCUUCUCGGGUGAGCAUUUCAUGUAUAGAGACUUCGUUAAUCUGCUUCGAGGCGAAGACAAUUAG